GAGUCGGAUUUUUACGUCAAAACCAGUGCUAUGGCGGCUAGUUGUGUAUGGACCCAUGCACUUUCUCUCAUCCAGAGUCGUAAACUUUGUCAAAAGCCUGUAUCUGACGAUAGAUUUGGCCCGUCUUAUAGUUUAUCGUAAAACCGUGUCGGCAGAUAAAUUGUUUGAAGAAACGAGAAGAUAUAACCAUGACGCAACAAAGGUGAAUAUAAAAAAAUACAAAGGUGAGCAGAGGAAAUAG